UCCUGACUAAGGUCAUGAGUCAGUAGUCUCCAUGGCAACAGCAAGCGCUUCUCUCUUAGCCCCGCCCAUCAGCAACAUUUGCCAGCUGUUAACUUCUCCUUUCAAUUUUUAGCUUGAAACUGCCAUCAUGAAAUUUGCUCCGGUUUUCUUCUUUUAACGUAUACACUAUUGUUGUGAUCUUUUAUAAUAGAAACAAAGCCUCUGGUUAGGGAUCACCACAUUGACUCAUCUUUGUAUCUCAAACCUUUCACCAUGUUGGGUCAGUUCUCCCCUACUGUGUCCCCCACACCACCCCAACUUCAGCCCUUCCGCUUCCGCUCACGCACUGAGUCCAUAGACUGGAGACGUCUCUCCGCCCUUGACGUGGACCGCGUUGUGCAAGAGAUAGAUAUCAGCAUGCUUCAGGACUUUAUUAUGACCGUAACGUUCUGUGCUGUGGACGGCGAGCGGUGUCCAAACUGCCGUGGGCAUGCCGACCCUUCUUUGAUCAAGCUGCUUCGUAUGUCUCAGCUGAGCACUGAGUACCUGCUGCACUGCCAGGACUUCCUGAGCACUCAGCUGUCAGGACUGGAGGAGCGUCUGCAGGGGGCGCUCUCUUUGGUCCAGCAAGGAGAAGAACAACGAGCAGAACUCGAAAAAAAUCUCCAGGACGCCAAGCUGGAGAAUCGACGGAGAAAGAAGUUGAUCAGCACUCAACAGCUCCUUCUGCAGGCCAGUGCUAAUAAUUAUCACAAGUGCCAGUUCUGUGAAAAAUCAUUUGUCAACUACUCCUACUUACAAGCACAUGUUCAGCGAAGACAUCCUGAGGUCACAGAUGCAGAGAGGCAGAAAAAGAGGAAAGUCGAACAGAUGGAAGAUGGGAUAGAAGAACUGAAGGAGAGACUGAGAGUGACACAGUUGCAGCUACAGGCAGAGAGAGAAACCGAUAUUUUGAGGCGGCAGCAUGAACAUGAAGAGCAACAAAGGAGAGAACAGUCAGAGAAACAAGUGCUGGAGAGAUGGAAAGAAGAACAGAGAAUGAAAUUUCAGCAGGAAAUUGGAGAGCUGAGACAAUUGUUUCUCCAGGAGUCAAAAGAUAUGGCAAGCAAGAGCUCAUCCAUAGAGGCUAAACUGCUGGUGUUGCAGAACAAAGAUGUAGGUCUAUUUAACAAUGCCAGUUUACAAGAAGAGAUUGACCUUGAGAAAGAAAUGAGAGAAAACAGAGAGAGAGAGCUGAAAGAGAUAAUGGCGAGGAAGAACAGUGAAUGGAAGAAGAAAUACCAGGAAGCACAGAACAGACACCAGCAGAAGCAAGAGGAGCUGAAGAGGGAGAAUGCCAGGCUUCUGGAGGCCUUGUCUGUUGAGAAAAACUCUGGCUCCAGUUUGAAGAAACUUCAGCAGCAGGUUGUCUCUCUCUCUUCUCAGUUGAGCCAGAAGGACAGACUCAUCAAAUCUCUGGAGGAGAAGAUUAAAAAACGGUCGGUCAUUCCAGUCUCAGUUCCAGUGGUUUCUCAGAAUGCCCAAGAUUCUCCUGAGGAGCUAGAGGAGGAAGGGGAGAGCUUGGAUGAUUCAGAUGAACCCCAGUGGAAAGUUCGAAAGUUAAACAAAGGAAAGCCAGAGCUGGUGAGAGAGUCUAGACCCGUUCUAGAAGAAUCACUGGAGAAAAAACUGGAGAAUAUGGGACUACGGAAGGGUACCAAGGGCAUCUCUAAGCAAACAUUUAAGAGUCUGAGUCUACUGUUGACUGGUCAGCGGGAGCAGAGAUAUAGACAGCAGCCAAACCUUCAAAACCAUAGAGAAAACUUGGUACAUGAGGUCACCAGGCGAGUGAAAAGCCUACAGAAGAGCCAGGGGCAAUUAACACCCAGCACUUUGAAACAGAAGGGGAAGAAAAAUUCAACACCAGUGAAGGAAAAAAGGCUCAGAUCUAGUGAGGGCACAACGCCGUCCAUUCAGAAAGCCAAAAGACUACAGCCAAAAGCACUUAUUCCAACACCCACCCCACGCUCCAAUGCACCUCCUCAGAUUCAGACUCCAAAAACAAAGCAGAAAAAGAACAGCACACCACCUUUCAGUUCAGAUGAGGAUGAGACAGUUGAGGACAGUGCCUAUGUUACAAGCUCAAGGGCCAAGCCAUCCACCUCUGUCCGCCUUGUUCAAUCGGGAUCACUGAUAAACCCAACAGCUGAGCCUGAAUGGACAGAUAGUGAGCUUUCAGAGGCUGCAGACACACCCAGAACUCCCAAUCCACAUGGUUCUGUUGUCCAAACACUGACAAGAAGUUUGGAAAGACAGUUAAGCACACCAGUCAAAAAGCCUGUAGGCGGGACUAGGGUUAUGCCACCAUCCAGCCCCUCCCCUCGUCCUGCCAUUGUAAAACAGAAAGCGCUGUCUGAUGAAGAUAGUGAUUUCGAGCUGUCUUCCAUAGAAGAGCUCACAGCAAACCGUGCAGGAGUACGCAAAAGUUCAGAGGUCGGCGGAACCUCGGGAACCAGUGCAUGGAGUUCAGCGGCCAGUAGACCAGGAGCGUGGUGAUCAUGUGUGAUGUGACCUGUCAAAUAAAUGCAUCUUUUCACUCCAAACCCAAAAUUGCACUUAGACUCGUAUAUAAUUUACAAGUGCAUUUGCAAAAAAAAAAAAAAAAAA